UCAAGUUGAAAUGACAAUUUUAAGAUGUUUCAUUGUAAUAUUUCUCAAUUUAUCCUCGAGUUUCUCGAUAUACAAUGGCGAAGAAUGCUAUCCAGGCAAUUAUACUUUUCUAGUACAACUCGUCAGCCUCAAAAGAGGCAAGAAAACGGUAAUAUGUAGUGGUACAUUGAUUAAAUUAGACACCGUUUUAACAGCAGCACACUGUGUACUGAAAUUCAGGAGCAGCAUAUUUGCUGAACCAAAGAUAGUUCUACAUACAGCCGAAGGUAACGUAAUGAUUGGUACUAAAAAAAUCCACAUCCACGAAAAAUAUGACAAAAUAAACCUACAGUACGAUGUAGCCAUACUGGUAUUGGAAGACUCUUUCUCCCCUUCACAAGCCACAACCAUAAGCCUACCCUUCGGGCAAAACCACAGAAAUUCCACACAAUGUCCGAGAGGAAAGUUCUUGGGAUGGGGCAAUUCAAACCUUCGAGACAUCGAUGAACUCCCAAUACCUUCCGAAGGAUCCCUACGUUGCAUAGAUUUUCCGGUGAUAUCCAAGGAUAAUUGCAGUUCCUUGAGGAGCCUGGCCAAGAUGGACACCUUCUUCUGCGCGUUCGGCGGUUUCGAAAGACCUGGUGGCGGUUGUAGAGGGGAUUCUGGUGGACCCUUCCUCUGCGAUGAGGUCCAGUAUGGUAUCGCCUCCGUGAAUUUUGGAUGUGGAGUCAUUGGUGAACCCACAUUUUUUACUAGCGUUGAUAAAACUUUGGAUUUCAUCGAGAGACAUGUGAAGAGUUCAGUAGAUAGCAUGAAGAGAAAUGGAUUGAUAGUUAUUUGUUUGGUUUUCAUAAUAUUUUAGAUAUGUGCUAAAGGAUAAUAAAUA